UUGUCUCUGCUUCUUUUUUGUUUAAAUAUUGGUUUCAUUUUCAUUUUCAUUUAUUUAAUAAUGACACCCAGUGACAGACAUAGUCUGCCGGUCUCUCCAGCUGCUGGGGGAAACAGCGCGUCUGCGUGGGCUGAGUACUCAACGCCUGACGGCCGCAUCUACUACUACAACCGGGAAACGCGAGUCACCAAGUGGGAAAAGCCGGACGAGUUCAAAUCGCAGCUGGAGCGUAACUCUUAUGCGAAGGACGGCCGGGCGUACUGGUUCAACAUUGUGACCAAAAAAUCAACUUGGACCAGGCCCGAUGAGCUGGGUGGAAGCCCAAAUCAGCAGGCAUCAUCCGCCAUGUCAAAUGCAGAGAUGUCUCCAGCAACGAGGUUGACAUCCAUGUCUAUUUUGACUCCAGUCUCAGCCACACCACCUGUGGCCUUGCAGCCGAUGCCGGAGCACCCGCCGUCAAUGCGGCCGGCGCGUCGCGAAUACAAAACCCUGGAGGAAGCCGAACAAGCGUUUUUCAACAUUCUCAAGGCCCACAAAGUUGGCGGCGACUGGACAUGGGAGCAAACCCUGCGUGCGGUAGUCAAUGACGCCGACUACAGGGCGCUGAAGACAACCCACGAGCGCAAAGAGGCGUUCCACAAGUAUAUUGACAAGGCGCGCGAAGAGGAGCGCGAGCAGCACCUCUUGCAGCAGAAACAGAGGCGUGAGAGUUAUUUUGCUAUGCUCGACACUCUGCCGAUCAGCGAGUUUACGCGGUUCAAGAAGAUCCAGCACAUGGCCAAGGAACUCCCAGCAUUUAUCGCUGUGCCUACAGAUACAGAGCGCGGCAGGCUUUUCGACGAGUACCUGGAACAGCGCGUACGCAGCUUGAAGGAGACACGGCGUCGGGCACGCAACGAGAAAAUGAGCGAGGUGGAAGAGUACCUCAAGGAUUUGUCACUUGGAUCCAAGUGGGCGGAUGUGAAAGUGAAGCUCGUUAACAGGUUCCAAAAGUCGCUCAUGCCUAUUUUGCGCGUUGACAGCUGCCCCACACACUUGCCGCUAGACCACUUGUAUGUAUUGAAGGACGCGGAUGCAGCUGAUCCGGAGCUGGGAUUGAGCAUGCUUGAUCUGAUGGAUGCAUUUGAACGUGCCAUUUUGGACGCAGAGAAACGCGAUUCCGAGAUGCGCCAAAAGGAUAAAGAUGCUGCGCGCCGGCACGAACGCCAGGCCCGCGACGGAUUCCGCAAGCUGCUAGACGAGCACCGCUCUGAAAUUACGCCGACAAGCACAUGGACCGAGUUCUACCCGCUGAUCAAAUCAGACCCACGAUACAUCGGGAUGCUUGGCGAGCCUGGAUCGACGCCAUUGGAGCUUUUCUGGGAUGAGGUCGAGCUUCUCAACGAGGAUGUGUACCGUGAUCGCAGGCGCCUAGAAACCGUCAUGCGUGACCACGGGUUCAGAAUGCAGGUGGACACACCCUUAGCUGAUGUGCAGCAGUUUGCUGCUGACAAGCACUGCAGCGUGACGGAAAAUUACAUGGAGCAUGUCUAUCAGCAGCUAGUCGAGAAGGCCAAGCGCAGGAAGGAUGAAGAAGAGGAACGUGCGCUGCGUCACCGCCGUCGCUUGCUUGAUGACUUUAAGUAUGCGUUGUAUGAUCUAGUUCCUCCGCUCGAAAUUGAGUCCAAGUGGGACUCUGAAAGUUCCCGCAUUGGACGCUUGCCCGAGUACCGGGACGUGAAUGAUCCGCAGGCGUGCCAGAGUGUGUUCGAUCAGGCUAUUAUCCGCCUUGUGGAGAAGCAGGAGCAACGCAAAAAGCGCCGGGACAUGGACUCUCGGAAGCGCUCGCGCAGCCCCAAUGGGUAUAUGUCGGAUGCCAGCGUUGGAGCUCCUGCCAAGGGGCUCAAAGUCGACAAGGACUUGGAGUUUGGUGUCAAGGAGGCUGGCUUUUCCAGCGAGCUGGAAGAAGGUGAAAUGAUCAUUUGAUUUUUUUAUAAAUAAAUAAGUAUAGAAAGUAUAGAAA